UAGUCACUAUAUUGAGGAUUAGAUCCAAUCAAUUAACCUACCAUGUCAUUCAAUUUCUCUGAUCGAUUCAGUUUCUUACUUUGCUCGAGUAGUGAUCCUAACCCUAAUGGAGAAGAAAAAUUUUGGCAAGAGAUUUGAAGGGAAGGUGGCUAUUGUUACAGCUUCCACUCAAGGCAUCGGCUUUGCAAUCGCCCGGCGCCUUGGCGAUGAAGGCGCCUUCGUCGUCAUCUCUUCUCGGAAGCAGAAAAAUGUAGAUGAGGCUGUUGAGAAACUUAAAGCUCAGGGUAUCCAAGUGUUUGGUGUCGUUUGUCACGUCGCAAAUGCAGAAAAAAGAAAGAAUCUCAUUCAGAAGACAGUUCAGAAAUAUGGAAAAAUAGAUGUGGUUGUGUCCAAUGCCGCUGUUAAUCCAUCUACUGAAUCCAUUUUAGAGACUCAAGAAUCUGUCCUUGACAAGCUUUGGGAAGUUAAUGUCAAAGCCUGUAUCCUUCUUUUGAAGGAUGCAGCUCCUCACAUGCAGAAGGGUUCUUCAGUCGUUCUGAUUUCCUCAAUUACUGGUUACAACCCCUAUCCCUCCUUGGCUAUGUAUGGGGUGACAAAGACAGCUCUUCUUGGGCUUACUAAGGCCCUUGCAGCUGAAAUGGCACCUGACACUCGUGUAAACUGCAUAGCUCCUGGGUUUGUACCAACUCACUUUGCUGAUUUCAUCACAAGAAAUGAGGCCAUUAGAAAGUCCUUUGAGGAAACCACAUUACUUAAGAGGCUUGGUACCACAGAAGACGUGGCUUCUGCAACUGCCUUUUUGGCAUCCGAUGAUGCUUCUUAUGUAACAGGAGAAACCUUGGUUGUCGCCGGAGGGAUACCCUCUAGACUUUAGUCCUCUCUCGUUAAAUAAUCUCAAAUGUUUUUCAAUGUAUGUUCUUUUUUUUUUUUUUUUUUUUUUUUCGCAUUUUUAUUUAACAUUUUUCAGUCCCUUGGAGGAUUCAUGUUUUUAUUGAAAUCUAGAUUAAUAAAUUUAUCAGGUAGAAGUCGGUAUUAGUAAA